AUUGAAGGUAAAGGUAACGGAAUCAAAACUGUUAUCCCAAACAUGUCAGAUAUUGCGCGUUCCUUGAGUCGCCCACCAACUUAUCCCACUAAAUUCUUUGGGUGUGAGCUUGGUGCUCAAGUUAAAUUUGACGAAAAAAAUGAUCGUUACAUUGUGAACGGCGCACAUGAAGCUACAAAACUCCAAGAAUUGCUCGAC